GGAAAUGGGCAGAAGUUCAUGUAACUCACAUGUACUCUUCAGUAAAGAGACACUGAGAGCUUCAGGCUGCAGGAGAUCACACACCGGUGAUGAAUCCUGCAACAGCUACAGCAAAAGUAGCAUCAGCUGCUGUUGCUGGUGCUGACCAAAUAUCCCUGACCUUAAACACAAGCAGAAAUGUCACCAUUCAAAUCAACAAUAACAGUGAUACAUUCUCCUUAGCAAAUCCAAGGACCCACAACAUCAGUGGCUGCUGUUACCAUCCUCCACAACCUACUAUCAAAACAAAGACACAAGAAACAUGCACAUUUUCCAAAACCUCAUAUGCAGCCCGUGGUUCUGUCGGGGUCCUGACGUACCAAAUCCACAGGAAAAAAUCAAACCCUGUUGGUGAACUGGCGAUCAUGUUCUCUGUGCCUUAUGACUACAGCUUGUUUGAAAACUGGUUUGCUCUUGGCAUUUUUGAAGCAAACAUUCCAUGUAAUUAUGAUCUAUUUAAGCGGAUGUAUUAUGAUGGUGAUGGUUACGAUGAUCUAUUCACCAGAGAGAAAGGUACAGGAGGUGUCAUUACAUAUUCUGGAAAAGGAGUUCUGGUGAAGGGAACAAUGUCUGCUUUUGGCCAAUCGAUUAUUAAGGUUGAAUUGUGGGAUGAGGAUCUUGCUGCCUUGGACUAAAACUGAAGAGGCAAACUGACCCGGGUCAGUACAGUGCAAAAGUCUUAAGCCAUCUAAGCUCUCCUGGAGGAAGUCCAGCAUUAACAGUUACCAUUCAAUACAUAGUUUAUCUAAUCAGUCCUUCAUUAAAUUAAAUCAGGUGAUGAAUUGAACAAAUCUAAGUGAUGAACCAAACCUGUGUUCUUCUAACUGUCUUCGUCUAACCUGCAUAUUCAUAACUCUACUGAAAACAACACAGUCUAUUGUAUUUAUGUUUAUUUAUAUUGAUUUUGAAUAGUAUUAAAAAAGCCAAAUACUUUGUAUUUGUUCUGCUCAGCACGUUUAUAUUUUAAAAGCAAUUUUAAUCUUUAUUAAUACUGUCUUUUUCUCAUCUUUCCUCUGCUUGUUCUGACUCUUUCCUUUAAACAUUGCUUGUUUUUUUUCUUGAGAGACAUUAUUAAAGAGAUAUUAAUAAACUGCUUGCUGUUUUCUUCAUUGUGAGUUAUUGAGUAUCUGUGUACAUGGUGAUAACCAGUGUGAAGACACUGAGGUCCAGAUCUCGAUAGAUUCUAAAGGAAUCAUGAGAUUCAGUGUGGAAACAGUGAUGUUCUGAUAGUGAGACAGCUGCACUACACAGAGUG